ACAGCGGACCAAUGGGAAGCUGACAGGAGAGUUGUGAUCAGUCGACAGUAGCGUGGAUUUUCAGCAGAAUGUUUAGGAACGUUUUACUUUCGCUGCUCCUGUCCGUCCUUCUCUACCAUGAACAUGCUAACGCACAGAAGAAAAAGGAGACUCUGCUGUCAGAGAAGGUGACUCAGAUGAUGGAGUGGGCCUCCAAGCGUUCAGUGAUCAGAAUGAAUGGAGAUAAGUUUCGUCGCUUUGUGAAGGCUCCUCCCAGGAACUACUCAGUGGUCAUCAUGUUCACAGCGCUGCAACCACAGAGACAAUGUGGGGUCUGCAGACAAGCUGAUGAGGAGUUCCAGGUGCUGGCUAAUUCCUGGCGUUAUUCCUCGGCCUUUACUAACAAAGUCUUCUUUGCGUCUGUGGAUUUUGAUGAAGGAUCAGAUGUGUUUCAGAUGCUAAAUAUGAAUUCUGCGCCGACCUUCCUCCACUUCCCAUCCAAAGGAAAACCUCGCAGGUCUGAUACAUAUGAGCUGCAGGUCAAAGGCUUUGCAGCUGAGCAACUGGCUAGAUGGGUGGCAGACAGGACAGAUGUACAGAUUCGUGUCAUCCGUCCUCCCAACUAUGCGGGGCCUCUACUGCUGGGCUUUCUCCUGGCAGUGAUCGGAGGACUGGCGUAUCUACGAAGACACAAUUUGGAGUUUCUCUUUAACAAGAACGUCUGGGCCUUUUCUGCACUGUGCUUUGUCCUCAUCAUGACUUCAGGCCAGAUGUGGAACCACAUCAGAGGACCGCCUUAUGCUCACAAGAACCCCAGCACAGGACAAGUUAGUUACAUCCACGGUAGCAGUCAGGCCCAGUUUGUGGCAGAGACACACAUCAUCCUACUCUUCAACGCUGCGGUUACCAUGGGGAUAGUGCUGCUGUGUGAGGCUGCUACUUCUGACCUGGACAUUGGAAAAAGGAAAAUAAUGUGCAUAGCAGGUAUUGGCCUGGUGAUGCUGUUCUUCAGCUGGCUGUUGUCCAUUUUCAGAGCCAAGUACCAUGGAUACCCUUACAGCUUCCUGAUGAGUUAAGGCUGAUGAGAAUCCUGCAGUUCCAAAGCAAGUGUAAACUUAAGGAGAGGAAGUCCUCAAGUGCCAUUAACAGAGUGUUUUCUGCUGCAGCAAUGCAGAACUUUUUCCCAAACUAUAAUUUGAUGUUUAACAUGUUGAAUUAAAAGUUGGACACGGUGUGCCUUUACAAAAUAUCAGCAAGCAAUAAUUUGCCAAGAACAGAGCCUUCAUCACCACUGUGCAUUCUAAACUGUCAAGUGCCAAAAGACGUCUUCUAUAUUAGAGUUGUUAAAAAUCCUAAAGUCUAAAAUGUAUUGUUUUUCAAUCAUAUUAGUUUAUGCCUGAUGGAAAUUAAAAUCCUAGUCUUUUGUUUUGAAAAUUAGGGACUGUGGAAAGGUAUUUUUUUCUUUACAGAUUGUUCUUCUAAUAUAUCCACAUUUGAGCCGAGAGACAUCACCAGGGAAAAUGACACCGCUAGCAUCAGUUUGCAGACUGAACAACUAGUCAGUCAGCUACAGCACAAUAAAGCUCAUGGAAAUUACCUGCAAAUAUCACUUCAGUUAGCAAAGGCUUUCUGCUCUGCAAUACUACUGCUAGCAAGACAGUCUGUCAACAGCUUUCAAGCUAAGGUGCAAAUUUGUUAUGUGUCAAGUUCAGCCUGCCUUAAAUGCCCCUCCAGCCACUAAAAAGCAGGGCUCUUUUUGAUAUUGCUCAAAUGCCCUUUUUACUAUUUGAUAAGUAGCAGUAUACUUAUAAACCACCUUUUCAAACUGUACUAAAAGAAAAGAAUGACCAAAUAUGUCUGUUUGACUGUAAAGUAAGAUCUUGUAUCCUACAACAUAGGGUCUCAAGAUCUGGCACUUAAGCAGGACCCCUUUUAAGUAUUGUUAUAUUUUAUGUAGUGCAAUCUCCAGAGCAAAGUUUGUGGUAGAUCAACACAAACCAGUUUAGGGCCAAUAGGCCUGGAGCUGUUGGUCCCCCUGCAUCAGUGAGUCCUAUUCCUCAUCAUGGUUAGUAAUCCUCCCCCUGAUGGUUCCUAGUAGCAGCAACAGUGUUUAAGGUUCAGUAGUUGGUAUUUGUAGGUCUUGUUGCUAUUUUCCGCUAGGGCUGAAGAGAAGCGUAGUAUUUCCCAACACUAUGUAAAACAUUAUUUUUUAGAAACAAUGCAGAAAUGUUAAGCAAUAAUCAACAUGGUCCCCAUAAAUCCAGCCAUAUUGAAGCAGUCUUCUGUAACUCUAUAUCCAUCCCCUGUUCAGUUACUAAUGUCCCAAUAAGAAAAAACAAUUGGAAUGAAAAAAAUGUUAAAGAAUUACAGAAAGCAAUGUUUAUGUAAAAUACUUUGGUUCUUUCCUGCUGUUGUUAUGAUGUAAUACCAGUAGAUGUCCAAUUAAUUCUUCACACUUCCUUUUUGCUCUUAUUAAGAAGUGAGAUUGGCAUUAAGCCCAGGGCAAGAUGACAUUUUGUACUGUACAUACAUCAGCGCGAGUAUUCAAACUUGCAAGACUAUUGUCAUAGAAGUCUGCAUUCCUUGUGUGUAAAAUCAAGUUUUAAAUGUUUGUGGUUUCCAUAUCAGGUUGUAUGAAGAGAAAUAAUGGAUCUGAGGUGAUUGUUUCUGAUAAAAAAGUGCCUUAACUGCC